AACGAAAAAAUACACUCGUGGGACCGCGAUCUAUCGAGAAUUUGCGUGCAGAAAGUAUUUGGCGGCCGGACUGGUCAGACAUGUCAUCUUUGCCCACAUUUGCUUUUGAAUAAAUGAAAUGCUUUGUUCUAUUCCUCAUUUCUCACCCAUUCCAUCACAAUGGAUGCUGAACGUGGCAGGGUUCAGCCAUGUUUAUUUUUAUAUAUUAUACCAUUUACCAUUACAGAAAAUAUUUUUAGAUCAAUAUUAUCGAGAAAUUAUACAAGGAAUGCAAGCGCACGACAAUAAACGUGGAUGGCGAUGCCGUAUGAAGAUAUAGAGAGCAAGGGAUCAACUCGAGUAGCGAGUAUUUUAUACAUACUGCAUUAAAAAGUAUAUACUGUACCUGAAGAUCCAUCGAACAUCAAACGUUCAAAUAUUAAGACUGUUGCAAUGAUUCAAUUAAAGUUGAGCACAAAAGCCAUAGCUUUUGGCAUAGUUUUGUUACUUAUCAAAGGGCAAGGCGAAAUCGGAGGUCAUUCGUUGCCACACACACAAGGACAUAGCGAACCAGAUGAAAUCGUCCCCGAGUUUUUGGCGCAAUUGACAAAUAUUACGGUACCCCAAGGACGAGACAUAUCCUUCACAUGUGUUGUUGACAAUUUGGGCCAAUAUCGGGUGGCAUGGAUUAAAUCUGAUUCAAAAGCAAUACUUGGUAUACACACACACAUGGUCUCACUAAAUCCCAGAUUAUCUGUGACACACAACGGCCACAACACCUGGAAACUUCACAUAUCUCGCGUACAGAUAAAUGACUCCGGCAGCUACAUGUGCCAAGUGAAUACGGAUCCCAUGAAGAGCCUUUCAGGCUAUUUAGAUGUUGUUGUGCCACCGGAUAUUCUAAAUCACCCAGACCAUAAUCUCGAGGAAGGCGUCAGCACUGAGGGUGGCAGUAUUGUACUCGUGUGUAGUGCGACUGGCGUACCCGAGCCGAAGGUGCAGUGGCGGCGUGAAACAGGAAAGGAUAUUAUACUUCGAGCGGAGAGCAGAGAUAAACAAGCACUGAAAUCCGUGGACGGAGAAAGACUCACUUUGACAAAUGUCCAACGUACAGAUAUGGGUGGCUACAAUUGCAUUGCUUCCAACGGUGUGCCGCCGUCAGUGAGCAAGAGAUUUGACGUACACGUAAACUUUCCACCUACAAUCAAAGCCGUCAACCAGCUGGUCGGCGCACCUGUCGAAAGGGAGGUAACAUUGGAGUGCAUUGUAGAAGUAUAUCCCAAGCCUCUGAAUGGAUGGUACCGCAAUGAAGGUAAUGUCAAACUGCAUAACGGGAACAAGUACAACAUAUCUGAAGAAAUGAUUAACCUAUACACAUGGCAUCUUAACCUAACCAUCCGGCACCUGACUAAAUCCGAUUUCGGCGCCUACAGUUGCUCCAGUGUUAAUGCCCUUGGAAAGAGUGAAACUCGCAUUAGACUGCAAGAAUUACGAUUACCGCCCAAGUCGACAACGACGCCAACACCUCACGUGCACACAACGGCUAAACCGCGUCGGAAGCAGCAACCCGGCCACAACAAGGGACUGAACGAAGUGGUGCGUGCCAAGGAAACCCAUUUCUCAAAUCAAAUGCAGCAGGAGAACGACGUAUUCGGCGGUGGGAUUGGUGUGCCCCAGAGCGCCAACAGUGGUAAUGCUGGUAGCGUAGUUGAGAGUGGAAACGUCAACGGCAUGAUAAACGGAGCGGAAGUACAUACACAACUACCUGCACGUAACGGAUAUGAAAAGACGCAUAAGUCGCCUGGCGUUGUACCAUCACCCCGUUCACCCUGGAACUUUGCGAGUGCGGGGUCGCAGCUGCUUGCCAGCACUACGAUAGCGACAAACUCUCUGGUGUUUUUUCUUCCUUGCGUAUUGUCUGUGUGUACGAGUAUGUACUAUAUAGUAAUUUAAAAGCACGCUACCCAAGAAAUCUCCGAUACGAUGCUACAAAUGGAAGGGGACAGGACAGCUCUGCAGCUAUGCAGCUGCUCAAAAACCGCCGAUGCAACUCCUGCUUUUAAGUUACGAAUAGUUCUGGGUCUGUCGUUGUUGGUCAGUGUAGAUCCGGUGGUUGUGCAGUACGUAGUUAUCAAUUGACUCGUCUGCCACAAAAUUAGUUUGUCUUAUUAGCUAGACAAAGAAAAUCUAAUAUACAUACCUACAUACAAUAUAUUGUACGUAAUGUAAGUUGGAAGCAUUGCUACAGGUUCUCUAACAUUAACGUAGUACACGCACACUAAGAGAAUUUACUAAAGAAUCCACAUACUACAUAUGUACAUUUUAUUUCGUGUUUACCAAACUUAUAGUAAUCUGUACUGAGGUACUUCCACGCAGCAAUUCCAACUUUUCCAUUUCAAAAUAGUACAAACAAUUUGAAAAAUUUUAAGAAUUGGGUGACCUAUGUUUGUGUUUUUUUAUCAAUUUCAAGAAAAUUUCCAAAUAGAUACAAAAACAUUUCUGGUAAGCCAGGAUCCAUUUUACUGCAUUUCCGUUUGGCUUAAAUGUAAUAAAUACGUGUCUAAAGCCCACAAAGCGUGGAAAAAUCCUUUAAUGGACCGCGGUUUGUCAAGAAUUUAUGUGCAGAAAUUAUUUGUCGGUCAAACCUUUUUCGACUUACCCACUGGAAUGUUAUUAAUAGGCGCGUUCACCAGCACAAUGUAUUAUGCAUCAUGUAUAAGGUGUCAUCUAUCAUGUUUUGGGUGCUGGUGAACGCCUAUGAUUCAUUCCUUACCAUCUCGCAGUCGUAAAUAAAAUCGGAUCUGAACCUAUCGAUAUUAGCUUCGCGACUCGACCCAAAAAACAAUCACGUCAAAUUGCAGUCAUUUUUCGUAAGUUCUAAGUGUUGAUAUUGAUUCAUGAUUUUGUAUUAUUUUGGCGAUUCUGAUUCUUCACGAUGUAGCGCGUAUUUUAUUUGAUAUGUCAAUUCUCGAUAAAGACCAACAGCAAUGCAUCAUGCAUCAAAAUGGAUCGUAAUCUUUUCAAGCUCCACUUCUGAAAAUCUGGUACAUGGUAUGGUUUAUGCAUAGUAAUCGCUAAUCAUGCGCGUUUAAAACUUCCGAAACUGAAUCUUUUAGACUAGAGUUAAUAGUGUCACACAUUGCCACAUAUUUUGUCGUUGCCGUGUAUUAAAUUAACUCGUUUAAAUGAAAAUUAGCCAUUAUUUUAUAUAUUGGAAAUUCUUUAAUUUUGUUAACCCUACUCCUUAUGGAAAUGGUGUGUUCAAGACCCGCUAAAAGAUGUACAAUGAAACUAUCUUCUCUAUCGUCUCUAUACUUCACUUAUAUUUCUACUAAUAAUACUACUACUAAAAGCGAUUUGUUUCACCAAAUUCGGCACGGUAUGAAUUCAAAAGCCUCAAGCGAAAAUUCCUGAAAAACACAACUUGUUCAAUAUGUGAGAUCCCUAGGCAGGGAUGAAAAAGUUACUGUUUUUUAUAGUAAGUACAUCUAAUGGGCGUCUGAUAUUCAUUAUAGUUAUUAUUAUUCUAUUCGUUCUAUUUUGUACAUAGUACAUUACAUUAUAUUAUUUUUUGUGACCACAAUUUGUUUAUGAUUAAUGUCAACCAAUUUAACCAACUGCCAAAUUAAUGUUCUCUUAUUGUUAUUUGUUGUUAUUGUUUACUAUAUGUCGGCGAAUAGUUAAUUCAUCAACUUCUUCGGAAUACCCAAUGUUUAUCCUGCGGAAAAAUUGACAAUUAAUUCAGUUUUCAGCAAUUUUUCACGUUUGACUUGGGAUUGUUUACAAGUGCAGAAAAUGGAAAACAAUUUUUUGAUAUUUCAGUCAAUAAUAACUAUAAUAAAAUGUUAUUGAAUAAAACAAGACUUUAUAAUAGGCUACCUAAGCUAAUAACGGAACAAUAAUAACUUACAAAUUUAUGUAACAAUGGUGAGCUUAUUUGCUCACAUUAGAUAAUGUACAGUAAUCCAAUAAUACAUACCACACAAUGCAAUGCAGAAAUGUCUUCCGAUACAAAUGAACAAUAUGCAUAUAAUAGAACAUAAGCGCUAUGAAUAAUACUAGGUACUAAAAAAACAAAUAUCAAAAUUACAUGAUUAAUGUUGGAAAAUGUAUAUUUAAGCAAAUCGUUAUGUUCCCUUAGUCAUUGUAAAUAUGGUUAUAAACAAUAAGCAUUGCAUGUAACAUACAUAUGUGCCGGCUCAUUUUCAUCUGACACAAAAAUAUGUAUAUCUGAACAAUGUCUUUGGAAUGCUCAUACAAACAUAUUGAGACAAACUUAGUAAAUACAUAAACACGAUUAUAUUAAACCCUGCUUAAGAGCAAUGACAACAACGCGAUUCUACGGGUCCGGAAAAACUUGUCGAAGAUAUUUCAACGGUGCCCGCGCCCAUGGGUCGAUGGGCUGGUUUUGUACCAGGAUCCGCGCGUUACGUGUUGUCGCCUUGUUGUCGCUUGGCCCACGGGCUUAUGGAGCACUGUGUACUCCAGUAAGAUCUUCUUAACAGGAGUGUCAGAAAGAUUUCAAUCAUUUUUUUCAUACAAAAUUAUUAAUUGAUUAUGUUACAGUAACUGGCCGUUACAAAAAAUUACUGCAAAUACCUCGAUUAAAUUUAUGGACACUUGUGAAUGAUCAAACUUCUAUUUGAGUAUGCUUAAACGCUCCAUUUAAGCCGUGUAGGACCGUCAAGCUUCACGGUUAGGUUUGGUUUCGAGUACGUACUCGAUUCGCAGCUCGGCGUCGAUAUUUCAGCACAGUAGAGUGCCAUAGCCAUAGCGAGCCUAUACACAUGAAUGUAAAUACGAAUAUGUGUCUAUGUGCGCAUGUGUCUGUACGCUAUAAACUGCGGUGGCCAUGUUUCUGUGAUGAAGUUGGCUUUGAAUUUACAUAAAUGUAUGCAAUCGAGAACGCCACGCCAAAGUGGCUGCAGGAGCAUCGGAAUCGGCAGUGCCAUUGCCACUGCCACUGCCACUGCCAUUGCAAAGCUAGCUGUAGUCGCCAGUGGCCCAUGAACACAAUGCAACGGUGAUGUGAUGGUUCGCCUGGACUGGGCUGCAGGACAGGGAACUGCCAGUCGUACGAUUAUUGGGGAGGUGGGGCUCGUGAGUUUGUUGCAUAUCAGCAGCCAUGCCUAAUAGGAAAGACUAGAAUCGUAGGUGGGUGAUACGCAUUUGUGCAAAUGACGUGGAGUGCAGGAUUCUCUCCGUUACUUGCCCGUCUACUGUUAUUUACCGAGUCCGUAUGGACAAUGGGCGAUAAGAAUUAAACCUUCAAGUAUAUUUGAUACAGGGGUUCUGUGGUGACGCCAAAAACUGGGAUGGGAGACAAGGGGAAGCCGUGGAAAGCAAUGAGAUGUCAUGGGAUGGAGCCACGGAGGCACAUUACCGAAUUUUGUGCAUGGCCCGAUGCUUGGCUACUGUCAUUGUCACUAAUUUAGCAAGAGGAACAGAAACAGAACGGAGCUUAAGCCAGACAGUUGGUUGCACGGCACUUGCGUCCUCCAUUUGCGGUCGACGCUUAGUAUUCUGCGUUGGAAACAAAAAAUUUGCUGAUUCGGCUAUUGUCAGAUGCCCACGCAUCCCACGCUCCCACGCACCCACCCACAUAUGAGGAUACGCUUACUCGUGUCCACCUAUUUGGCUGGGAGUGUGCGUCCGUUUGUUUGUCGAAUGCGCACUUUGCAAGCGCAAGUGCACUAGCCCUCCAGGACUGGGGCUGAUAAUGUUUUCGACAUUAAAUUGCCAUUAAAUUCUGUUUUAUUGCACUUGGGACUGUAUGCAUAAUUUACUCUGUGUCUGCCACCCUACGCUGAAUGCAGGAAAGUGCAUCUUCUUCCUCUGAUUUAGCUAGUAAUCUACUACAGCCACCGCAGCAUUUUCUCCACUCUUUGUUAAAGAACCUGAAUAAUCUUGCAGCUAUUCGGUCCGCACAGAAUUUUACUCUUAAAAGCAUCAAGGCCCAUAUAGUAGGUACAUAUGUACAUACCUACAUACAUACAUAUGUACACAUGUAUGCACAUGCGUCUAAAUCCGAUUUGUGUCAAAUUCUUUCUGUGUAUACUCGUACACACAUGUUAGUGCUACAGUUCUGAAGGUAGAUGUUUUCCAACUACCUGUAUCUGCAAAAUUUCCAAUCUCACAGAGAUGUAACAGAUUUGUUAAAAUUUUGUGUGCUUUAUCUCAACACUGUCGCAUCUUUUUCAAUGACAAUGUCGUUCUUAAAAUUCGAUUGAUAAAAUUGAUUGUCAAAACUAUGUUUUGUCGAUGCCUACAUCUGGCCUCCAGUCAGCUCUUACUGGUCAUGAGCUGCAAGACCUAGCUUCGGCUAGGCUUUCAGGCAUUUUUAAAAAGACAAUAAUUUAUAUUGCUUUUGAAAUAGCUUUGCAAUUUUUUGUGCGUUUUAACAUCCAAAAAAACGAAAUCAAAAAUCAUAUGUAUGUUCAUACAUACGGACAUAUGUACAUAUGUAUGUCUAUUGGAAAAUACGAGUACACACACACUGACAACUUCUGGCUAUCCCAGCCAAUACAAACCCACAAAACACGGCACAAUUUCAAUGCAGUCGUAAUAAAUUUGGGAUCUCAUAAUAUUCUUGACAAAGGGCCUGGCUGAAACAAUGUACACGGUACGCAUUGUUGCAGCAAGAUAUACGAUAAUAUACAAAUACGGUAACGUGCUGCAUACUCAUUGACUGGGACGGAUAUUUUUAGCUAGUUGCACUGCUUUAUGAAUACGUACAUAUGUAUGUGCAAUAUGUCUCGUGUGCUCACGCAUAUUUAUUUUGUUGCAGAAACCAUCAGGAGUUUACAUUGCCAGCCGUUUAGCAAUACCGUUAAUACCCACAAAACUCACGGUAAAAAUAAGUACUCGAGGGCUUACAAU